GAGAGAGAGAGGGGCGGAGGAGGUCAGUGAGAGCGAGACAUGGCCUUGAAUUACGAGCCUGAGGCGCAGGGAACGCUGCAGAAGGAGUCGGGCGCGGAGGCUGAGGUGGCUCUGGCGUACCCCAGUGAGCUGGAGAUACAGAACGCCAAAGCCUACCUGCUGACCGCCAGCACCCAGUCCAACCUCAACCUCUAUGACCAUUUGGCUGAGGUGCUGACUAAGAUACUGAACGAGCGCCCUAUGGACGUGGUGGACAUCUUUGAGGACUUGAGCCGGGACGUGAAGACAAUGAUGUUCACAGAGAAGCUGGACACACUGCAGGACGACUGGGAGACCUCCUUCGCCUACAGCCUUGCCGAGGUGCAGAAAUCCCUCUUCAUCAAACCCGAGGAGGAGGAGGUGGAAAACGAGGAGGAAGUG